CAGGCUUUUUACCGCGACAGUUUCUGCUAAAGAUUCACACAAACUUGUUAUUCAAGUGAACCGAAUCACUAGUGUUUCAGCGAUUCUCGCACUGCAAUAGUGCACCUUUAUAUUUGCGUCUUCAACGUGCAAAACAAAACAUUGCACUCGUAUUUAUUCUUUUGAAGAGCAUUAUAUCCCGGACUCGAUGGAUUUUCUGUGGCUGGUGUGCGUUGCGGUGAGCGUCAGCGCCUGGUACGCGUCUGCGGAGCGACACAGUGUUUACUGGAACAGCACGAAUGCAAAUUUCCUAUGGGACGAUUACACCGUGGAGGUCCGCAUUAAUGACUACCUAGACAUCAUCUGCCCUCACUACGCACGUGGCGAGAUCCCAUCCCAGGAGGCCGAGCGGUACGUGCUGUACAUGGUGGAGCUGGAGGACUACGAGAACUGCAAGCCGCAGUCCUUCGACCAGCUGCGCUGGGAGUGCUCCAGACCGUUCGCUCCUCAUGCUCCAGAGAAGUUCUCUGAGAAGUUCCAGCGCUUCACUCCCUUCACUCUGGGCAAAGAGUUCCGCCAGGGAGAGAGUUACUACUAUAUUUCCAAGCCUCUUCACCAUCAUGGACAGGAGUGUUUGAGACUGAAGGUGGAUGUUGUUGGACCUCAUGGUUCCAAGAACAAGAAGAAGAGCAUGGAAAAAGAUGAGGAAUUAGAAGGAAAGAGGGCUGCCGGUGGAGUCCAUAACCCAUCAAACAGGCUUCCAGCAGAUGACCCUAUUGCCAUGAUCCCAGUUGUGCAGAGGAGCGUGGGCAGUUCAGGUGUUCGCAUUGCUCCCGUCUCGAGUUUUGUCACGUUGAUCUCUAUAUUCCUCUUCUUGCUUCUCCACUGAGCCUAAUAUAAGAAGACUUUAUGGACGCUGGUCCGUUGGGACACAACAGACUUUAAUGCCGGUGCUGGUUACCGGCUUCGAAAAGAGAUUUUAUACAAAGAAGUUUUUUAUACAAACUGAAGUUUUGGUGCUGGCGUGCAAGUUGCUGAGUGAUGUGUUUGUAUUUGUGUUUGUGACCAGAGAAAGCUGUUUUUUUGAAGAAACUUCUCCUUUUUUUUUUUUUUUUUUUUUUUUUUUUUUUUUUUGAAGAGUAAUUACCGUUUUAUGGUUCUUUUCCCCAUCAGCUCUUUUUAUUUACUUUUGUAGAUUGUAUGUGUUCAUUUUUCCUGGAAAAUCAUCAAAUUUAUUUCCCAAUGUGAUGCAGAAUAAACCUUGAAGACCGGACAGCUUGUCUUGUAACAAGAAUUGUGAACACAAAAAUGAACAAUAGACUAGAUAUUGUUUGAUAGAGACCUUCGCUCUACCGAUUCGAGCCAAAGAUCACAGGAUUUAUCAUCUAAACCAACCCCUGAUUUUGCACCUUAUAAAGAAUUGAUGUUUGUGCAUAUAACAGUGUUCGUAAAUGUAGAAGAGUUAUCAAGCAUUGGUGUUUCCUGUGUUUUGGAUUUCGUGUUGCUGUAGUUUCAGUUGGUUUCUGUGAUGUAAUGUGAACACACCCCUACAAAAUGUACUGGCACUAAUGUAUAGAUGAGAUUUUUUUUUUUUUUUUUUUUUUUUCAUAAAACAUUUGGUUUUGAAUAGGAAUGUUUGGUUGUGCUAUUUGUGUUUGCAAGUGAUGGAGAAAGAAGCCGGACUUCUGGACAGAGAGCACAACAUGCACGAACAUUUCAAAUGGUUUACAAAAUUCUCUCAAAUAAGUUAAAAGAACAAUUUCUUUUGUAAAAAGUUGUUUUGUACUGUAUUGGUUUAUAAACUUGUAAAUAGUUAUGUAAAAAUGUACAUAUUGAGAGUUAUAUAAAAUAAAGACCUUUGUUAAUUAUGAAAA